UACUCCAUGUCAGAUUCCAACACCACUAACUUCAUCAACCCCUCCACCUUCAUCCUGCUGGGCAUUCCUGGCCUGGAGACAACCCAUGUCUGGAUCUCCAUCCCCUUCUGCACCAUGUACGCAAUAGCUAUCUUGGGGAACUUCACCAUCCUGUUCAUUGUGAAGAAGGAGCGAAGCCUCCAUGGACCCAUGUACUAUUUCCUCUGCAUGCUGGCCGUCACCGACCUGGUCCUGUCCACAUCCAUUGUGCCCAAGACGCUGAGCAUCUUCUGGUUCAAUUCAAGGGAAAUCGAUUUCAGUGCCUGCCUCACACAGCUGUACUUCAUUCACUGCUUCUCAGUGAUGGAGUCUGGGAUCUUCGUGGCCAUGGCUUUUGAUCGUUACGUGGCCAUCUGCAAUCCCCUGAGACAUUCUGCCAUGCUGACUAACCCUGUGGUAGCCAAGAUCGGCCUGGCUGUGGUGCUACGCAGUGGCAUGCUCGUAAUGCCCCAUCCCUUCCUGGCGAGGCGGCGGCCAUAUUGCAGAACCAACAUCAUCCCCCACUCGUACUGUGAGCACAUGGCUGUGGUGAAGCUGGCCUGUGCUGACAUCCGCGUGAGCAGUUACUACGGCCUCUUUGUGGCAUUUUGUGUGCUCGGUCUGGAUGUGUUUUUUAUCACUGUGUCCUAUAUCCAGAUCCUCAAGAUCAUCUUUAGCCUCUCCACAAAGGACGCCCGGCUCAAGACUUUUGGGACCUGUGGCUCCCACAUCUGUGCCAUCUUAGUCUUUUACAUCUCAGCUAUCUUCUCCUCUCUCACAUACCGAUUUGGGCAGAGUGUGCCCCUGCAUUUCCACAUUUUCAUUGCUAACGUGUACCUCCUGGUUCCCCCCAUGCUAAACCCCAUCAUAUAUGGAGUGAGGACCAAACAGAUCCGGGACAGGCUACUCCGGCUCUUUACUCAUAAAGGGACCUAA